UUGUCCGCUGCGUAGCCAUUGCCUGACGGGUUCGGCGUAAAAACGAAAUAGUAAAGGAAGAUAACGAGUACUUUGACUUAAUAUUUCACCUAAUACGCCAAUGGGAAUUGAGUGAGAAGUUUUCAAUAGAGAUUCAGGAGGUUUGAAAUCCAUGAUCUGGUGUGUACACAUUGAAUGAGACCGUGGUUCCGAGAUAACUCUAAUUCUCUGUACCAGAAUUUCUUUGUUUACAAGGAGACUCUGAAUCAAUCUAUCAAUCCAUCAAUCCCUUCGUAAUACUUGGUAGGAGCCCUGUAAAUUCUUGUCCAGUUGUCUCAUAUUACGAGAUUGUGAAGUAUGGCCGAAUUCAGCAAUUUCAGGCCAUGCUCAGGGCAAAUUCGUUUCUCAGAUUACACGUAUCAUGUUUUCCUUAGUUUUAGAGGGCCUGAUAUCCGAACAUCUUUUGUGGAUCAUCUCUUUCAAGCUUUCAAAGCCGCUGGAAUUCAUGCUUUUUUGGAUACUGAAAAACUGCAGAAAGGCGAGAUUAUUGGAUCGAGCUUGGAAAAGGCGAUCCAGAAUAGUGCCAUUCUCAUUCCCAUCUUUUCAAAAGGCUACGCAGACUCUCCUUGGUGUCUGGACGAGGUGAGGCAAAUGUGGCAGUGCAGAUCCACAACCAACAGAUUAAUUAUCCCUCUCUUUUAUGAUGUCGAUCCCUCAGAUGUCCGCUAUGCUCAAAAAGUUAAUGGCAAAUAUGCAGAGGCGUUCAAUAAUCAUUACAGUAAAGGCAGAUUUGAGUCGCAAAAAAUUGAAGAAUGGAAGGAUGCUCUUCAUGAAGUCUCCUCCUUAUCUGGAUGGUCUCCUAGAAUGACCGCAGGGUAUGAAGCGAAAUUGGUGAAGCAAAUUGUGUCUGACAUCACUGCACUAAACUGCUUCCCUCGACCAGUCCUUCAAAUUGGCCUUAAAACUCAUUCGGAGAAGGUUAAGGAGCUGUUAACUCUGGAUCAAACUGACAGAACAGUUCGGGUGGGCAUUUGGGGCAUCGGCGGCAUUGGUAAGACCACUCUGGCCGAGGCUAUUUUUAAUGAACUCUGUUGCACCUUCGAAGCUUCUUGCUUUCUGUCAGACAUUAGGAGUGCUCAUGAGCGUCAUGGUAUCAUAGGAUUACAGACACAAAUGCUAAAGGAUUUGUCAAAAAUCGAAGUCAAGGUAAAUGACAUUAAUCAUGGCAAAUCGCUUCUGCAAUUUCACUUGGCUUCCAUACGUUCCCUUGUAGUGCUAGAUAAUGUUGACCAUUGGAGGCAGUUUGACAGCUUUAUGUUAGAUUUUUAUGGACCUGGUAGCAGAGUCAUUGUAACCACCCGUGACCGCCAUAUCCUCAAUUCAAGGAUGCCCCCUGAAAACAUUUACGAAUUGGAAGGUCUUCGGGAGGAUGAAGCCUUAGAAUUAUUUAGCUGGCACGCAUUUCACAAAGCAAAGCCAGACGACGCUUACCGAGACCUAUCCACAAAUAUCAUCCAGGCUUCUGGUGGGGUUCCACUUACAUUAGAGGUUCUGGGUGCAUUUUUACUUGACAAAAAAGACAGUGAUAACUGCUGGAAAGAAGCACUUAUAAUGCUUGAGAAUCUUUCAGAUCCAAAUAUUUUUGAACCCUUGAAGAUCAGUUAUGAUUCUCUUCUUCCAUCUGAGAAAGAGAUAUUCCUAGAUAUUGCCUGUUUGUUCAUUGGCCAAGAUAGAGAAGAGCCGUCUAUCUUCUGGAAGGAAUUGGGUUUAUAUGUAGACACAGCUCUCAGCAAUCUUCAGCAGAAAUUGCUCAUAAAGAUUGAUGUUGACAAUAAGUUCAGAAUGCAUGAUCUUAUACGAGAUUUAGGGAGACGUAUAGUGGCAGAUGAAUCUCCUGGUAAUCCUGGCAAGCGAAGCAGACUAUGGAAACAGGAGGACAUUGAAAAAGUAAUUAAUGAGAAACAGGGUACCGAGAAUGUUAAGUACCUCCUACAAGAAGAAGAAAGAGAAGAAAUCAGAUUGAAAAAGAAUACUUUGGCUUCAAUGAAUGGUCUGCGGUACCUUUGUUUCAAGGAUGCUAUAGUAAAGGAAAAUGAUAGAAGUAAAUUAUCACCAGAUUUGAAAUGGUUGAAGUGGAAGCGGUGUCCUCUGGAAGUUUUGCCGCAGCAAUGGAACCUUGAGCAUCUAGCUAUUCUUGAUGUGAGCUCUAGAAGCAUUUCUCAUGGCAGUGUCUUACAAUUCUCUCUCAAGCAGUUGUGGAAUGAGCAAUCAUAUAAGAAGAUCCCCAAAAAUCUGAGAGUUCUUCGGGUGAACUGGUGUUCAAAUUUACAGAGGCUUCCUACUUUCUCGAAUCUGAAAUCUUUAUUCAAGUUAGAUUUGACAGGGUGUGGCAUAAUCACAGAACUACCAGAUUCCCUUGGGUUUCAGGCACAGCUCUACUACAUGGAACUCUCAUGUUGUUCAAGGUUAGAGAAACUGCCGGAUUGUAUAGGUAACCUCUCGGAACUGAAACAUUUGGGUUUGGCAAAAUGCUCUUCCCUGACGGCUUUACCUUAUUCCAUAGGUUGUCUGCAAAAACUCCAGUAUUUGAAUCUCUCUGGGUGCGGAAAACUGGAACAACUUCCAAGUAGUAUCACAAAGCUAUCUUGUUUGCAAAAAUUAUUUAUUUCUUCCUGCUCAAGCCUUAACAAGCUUCCAGACAUCCUUGAAGGGCUCAGAUCUCUCAAAAUAUUGGAACUUAAACAUGUCUUCAAUAUAAGUGAUUUGCCUCACUCUAUUGGCAGCCUGACCCAGUUAGAGAAACUGGACCUGGAGUCUUGUCUGAUGGUUACAUUACCUCCAUCAGUUGGUCAUCUAAAACACCUGCGCAGCCUCAAUAUGAACAGCUGUGAGUUUUUAUCUGUUAUUCCAGAUGAAAUCGGUGGCCUUGAAUCUUUGGAGGAAUUAAUACUCAACAGUUGUGAAAAUUUAACGAGAAUCCCUUCGACUAUUUCUAAAUUUCAAUCUUUGAUGAGAUUCGAGGCAGGAUAUUGUGAUUUAAGGUCUAUCCCAGAGAGUUUCGGAGAAUUGUCAUCCUUAAAAAUUCUCCAUUUGGAACAUAAUAAGUUUUCCACAUUGCCCUUAAGGUCUGCUCUGCUCUCUCCAUUAACUGAAUUAGUCCUCUGUGAAUGUACGGAACUUCGUGAAUUGCCAAUUCUUCCUGAAGGUCUGGUAAAGCUGGAUAUUGAGGGUUGUAAAAAAUUGAAAAUUGUACCCAAGGUGGUACAUUUGAAAAGAAUCCAAGUGCUAAGAUUUACAAGGUGUUCUAGUAAUCUUCAGUUCAGCGUCUUGUGGCAAAUUAGAGCACUGACAACCGUGCAAAUCACAUUUGGGGAAGGGAGCGGUGAAACACUAAGGCUUACUGGAGCUGAUUCAUGGAAUGAACGUUUUCGGCUAGAUUUUCAGGUAAUGUUCGAGAUAGAAGAAUUGAAAAGAGAGCUGGAAUUUUUCACAGAAAAGCUGAAACCAUUCGAAUCUGAACACCUGGAAGAUAUGAAAACAAUGGUGGAAAGUUGUAGACUAGAAGGAUCUGAAGCUGAACCUCUCGAAGAUUUGAAAAGAAUGCUCGAAAGUGGGGAAGCAGAGGGAUUUAAAGCUGAAAACCUCGAAGAUUCGAAAAAAAUUGUGGAAAGUGGGAAAGCAGAAGGAAUAAAGGCUGAACACCUGGAAGAUUUCAGAAGAAUGGUGGAAAUUGGGAAAGCAGGAGUUAAAGCUGAACACCUGGAAGAUUUGAAACGAAUGGGGGGAGGUUGGGAAGACUUCAAACGUUUUAGCCAGGCAGAACUUUCCUGCUAUGAAAGCUUGAAGAAAUUCCUGGAGCGUUUAGAAGGACUCCCGGAUAACCUUACAGAAGUAAUGGGAGGAUUAGAUAAGCAUAUGAUAAGUCUGCGCCAACACCUGGAAGAUUUGAAACGAAUGUGGGGAGGUUGGGAAGACUUAAAACGUAUUAGCCAGGCAGAACUUUCCUGCUAUGAAAACUUGAAGACAAUCCUGGAGCGUUUAAAAGGACUCCCGGAUAACUUUACAGAAGUAAUGGGAGGAUUAGAAGAGCAUAUGUUAAGUCUGCGCUCGCUGAAUGAAGCAGUUGUAACGUGCAUGAGGGAACUGAGAGCAUUGGUAGGAAGCGUGAAAUAUUCCUUGAUCCUGCGACGUCAUAGACUUCAAACGUGGGAAUGGUGAAUGCUUACCUGGAAAUGCCGAAUGCUUACCUGGGAAUGCAGAAUGCUUACGUGGGAAUGGUGAAUGCUUACCUGGAAAUGCAGAAAGCUUACCUGGUAAUGGAGAAUGCUUACCUGGGAAUGGAGAAUGCUUACCUGGAAAUGCAGAAUGCUUACCUGGAAUGUUACCUGGAAUUCUUGAAAUGGCACAUAAAAUAUGUUGGUCUGGUGAUCUAGUCAUUUAUGGGAUAUGUUUGUAAGUUUUUUUUGUCCAUCUUAAAUCUUACACUAAGUAACAUAGUAAGUCUAGAAAAUGUCAAUUAAUUUUGAAUGUUUAACAUUUUUAAAUUUAAAAAUCAAAACAUGAUGUAUGAUUUAGGUCCAAUAUUUUAUCUACUUACUUAACUGAGUUGACAAAGUAUAAGCUAAUGAAGUAAUUGUUUCUGAACGAUGAACCUGUAGAUUGA